CCCAGGUAAGGGAACCCAACUUCCACAAACCACCCCAUCAGAGAAAAGUCGAUAUGGGACGUCUAGACGGCAAAGUGGCUCUCGUGACCGGAGCCGGCAGCGGGUUCGGCGAGGCUAUUGCACACGCAUAUGCAGCAGAAGGGGCAAAAGUGCUGAUAGCGGACAUUGCUGUCGCCAAUGGACAGAAGGUGGCCUCUGAGAUUGCAGCCAAAAGUUACACCGGGGAAGCCAUCUUCGUGGAAUUAAACGUCACCAAGCGCAGCGAUUGGGAGAAGGGCCUUGGAUUGGCCAAGGACAAGUUUGGAAAGCUGGACAUUGUGGUCAACAAUGCUGGCACCACCUACAAGAAACAGCCGAGCAUGGGCGUCUCGGAGGAGGAUUUCGACAGAGUUGUGGCCGUCAACAUUAAGAGCAUAUAUCUGAGUGUUUCGGUCUUGAUGCCGUACUUCGUCGAGAGAAAAAGUGGCGUCUUCCUGAGCACUUCGUCCAUUUCCGGCAUGCGAACUCGACCAGGGCAGGUCUUUUACGGCGGCACCAAGGGAUUUGUCAACACGAUCACCCAAGGGCUUGCUGCCGAGUAUGGGCCAGAUGGAGUGCGCGUGAACUCAAUCUGUCCGCUCAGAGGCGCCACAGGCCUGCUAGAACUAUUUAGCGGUGUCCCAGAUACUCCUGAAGAGAGAGAGAGGUUUGCUCAAACCGUUCCGUUGCGGCGUAUGUCGGAACCAAACGACAUCGCCAUGGCUGCGGUUUACCUUGCGAGUGAUGAGGCGGCAUUUGUCACCGGAGUCAAUCUGCCGGUGGAUGGAGGGCGACUGGCUCUGUGACCCAUCGAGGAGCCUUUGGGGAGCUUCCUUCCCCUCGGGGAAAGAGUAGCAUAGCUACAUUCGAGCAAGUUGUGUUGGGAUCGGCGAGCCAAAUAUGCGUUUCGAAACCCACUUGAGUAGUUUAGACCACGGGCGCAUCACCGACACCUACCUGUCC